AAUUCCCCGGUGGCAGCGCCGCCACGGUCCACAACUAAUGUUUAAAAAUUAUUGCUCAAGCACACCAGACUGGACUAGUGCCCUCACACAUGACACACCUCCUGUAUAUAUACAAUCAUAGACAUAGCUUCUCUUCACUAAACCAUACAAGAAUUUUUAGCAUCCCUAUACUUCAAUACUUCAAAUAACGGCUUCCAUGGAUUCAGUUGAGUCAUUGAAGGCUAAACUCGAUCAACUUCCCCGAGAAUCAUUUGCUGGGGCUUUUAAUCUCUAUGAGUGGGAAGGAUUUUGGUACCACCAAGAUCUGAUCAAAUGUGGAAUGGCAAUCAAAUCCAAAUUUGAAGCACUUGAUGACGAUGUUAUCUUGACAACCUCCAUGAAAACCGGCACGACGUGGCUCAAGGCAUUAGUUCUUUGCAUCAUGAAGUCACAGAGCCUCAAAGAAGGAGAGGAGGACCCUUUGGAGAAGGCAAAUCCUCAGGCUUCUUUGAAGAGUCUGGAAGAAAUAUAUUUCAAUCCCAAUCCUAAUAUUUCAGGUAUAUCGUCUCCUAGACUCUUUCAUACUCAUUUCCCUUACAAAGCUUUGCCAGAUUCGGUAAAGAACUCGAACUGCAAGAUAGUCUACCUGGUCCGAAACCCCAAAGAUACGUUUGUGUCAAUGUGGGACUUCCUUAACAAAGCAAAGGGACCCAACCAACCUGGAAUUCCAUUUGAGAGAGCAUUUGCGAGUUUCUCCAAGGGAGUUCACUUGUAUGGUCCAUUCUUUGAUCAUGCCUUGGAGUACUGGACAGAGAGCUUGAAUCGUCCAGACAAGGUACUUGUCCUGAAGUACGAAGACCUGAAAAGAGAUCCUAAAGAACAGGUGAAAAGGCUCGCAUCGUUUCUUGGGAAACCAUUCGCCAAGGAAGAAGACAUUGAUAGCGUAAUAUGGAGGUGCAGCAUAGAGAGGCUUAAAAACUUGGAGGUGAAUAAGACCGGUGUUACUGAUACCGUUCGAAAGAUGCCCAAUAGCACCUUUUUCAGGCUUGGAGUGGUUGGGGACUGGAAAAACCACUUCACUGCCGAGAUGAGUGAUUCCCUUGAUCAAGUUAAGCGCAAGAAACUGGAAGGGUCUGGCCUUGAUCUUGACGAUUAAACUUCAUACCUGCAAUCUUGAAGCAAAAUGAAAUGAAAUAAAUAAUAAAUGUGUCUAGGUAAAUAACAUUGAAUUUUCAAGAUCAAAAUCUUUGCUAGGAGAUUCAUUGUAACUAUUGUGUGUUUUGAAUUCAUUUCUGUAGAGAGACAAACACAUGUUUGCUCCGUUUCAGUUUUAUAAUAAUAAUUUUAUAGUAAAA